AUGUCGGCACCCACUUCCGAUCCAGAGUUCAGCAAGAACGAAGCAGGCCAUUCGGCUGACACUGCCAGCCUCAGAAACAAGGAGCGAGGAAGCGAUGAUACUGAGGGGAGUGGUGACUUGAGCCAGGGCCUGAACCAGGGAUCAGAGCCGGAUACUCUUAUCGCAGCUUUGGACCUGGGUAUCGUUGCCACGGCUAUCCCGAAGAUCACCAGUGAUUUUCACGCGCUCGGCGAUAUUGGAUGGUACAGCGGCGCCUGUUUCCUUCUCGUCGGUACGACCUCCGCUCCGUGGGGUAAUAUGUACAAAUACUUCUCGGCUCAAUGGACGUAUAUGACAGCACUUGCGUUGUACCUGAUUGGGAGUAUCGCGGCCGCCACCGCACCUAGCAGCAUUGGGUUGAUCGGCUGGGGAUGUGCGGGCACGCUCGGCGGCUCUGUCCUGAUUAUUAACUUUACGGCGCAGCCUAAGACUCGCCCCUUGCUCAUCGGCCUAUGGAUGGGCGUCUUUAUGAUCGCCACGACCAUUGGCCCCCUGAUAGGCGGCGUGUUCACGACUGAGGUCACAUGGAGAUGGUGUUUCUGGGUAAAUCUCCCGGUGGGUGGCACAGCUCUCAUACUGCAAUUCCUCUUUUUGCGCAUGCCGAAACACAUCAAGCCCGCCCCCGCGACGUGGAAGGAGAUUCUACUGCAUCUCGAUCUCCCCGGCUGGAGUUUGCUGUUCACCUCGGUCAUCUGCUUCACUUUGGCGCUGCAAUGGGGCGGACUGGAGAAGCUAUGGCGUAACGGCUCCGUCAUCGCCACCUUGACCCUUUGGGUUGCCUUGACGAUUGCGUUCGUGGUCGUCGAGUGGUUCCAGGGCGAGUACGCCAUCAUGCCCUUGAAAAUGUUGGCGCGCCGUAUUACGUGGUCCAAUCUCUUAUACACGUUCAUUGCCAACCUAGCCAACUUUCAGAUACUGUUUUAUCUCCCUAUCUACUUCCAGGCCGUUCAUGGCAUGUCCGCUAUCAAGAGUGGCGUCUACUGCCUUCCAUUCAUGGCUUUCUAUACCUGCGGGGCUAUAGUCAGCGGUAUACUCGUUGGGAAGACCCGCUUCCUACAGCCCAUCGAGUUUAUUAGUGGGCUGAUAGCCGUUCUUGGCGCCGUCCUGAUCUACUGUAUCGACGUCCACACCACGAAGGCAUGGUAUAUCGGCGCUCAGAUCCCUUUUGGGCUUGGAAUCGGUCUAGGAAAUCAGGUUCCGGUGACGGCGUUACAGGGUUUCGCGACGCCGGAAACCGUGGCAGCGACGAUGGGAGUAGCUUUCAACUUGGCACGAACUGCUCCUCAAAUCGAUUCGGCAGAGAUCUUGUACAUUGGAGUGUCAGAACUUACAAAUGUUUACAAAGGGAAGCAGCUGGCAUUGAUUCAAGACGCAUAUAUGGUUGGGAUCAAGGAUGUCUUUGCCUUCGCCCUGGCCGGUACCGCACUCACUGUAGUCCUGGCCCUUUUGAUCCCCUUCACGAGACUUCCUUCUCAUGAGACCAAGGAGGCUGAGGAUAAGGAGGCAGCGGCCAAUGCCUCUUGA